AGUUCAUAUUUUGUGCUACACUUGCACGGUUUAAAUUUCGGGACUGCAUCUUAUUAAUAAAUUGUUUAAAAGAUUUUAGACAUUUUCUAAAAUGUUUAUAUUUAUAUUAUUGGUGGCUUGUAUACUACCUCUAAUAUAUUUAGAGUUAAAAACAUAUAAAAUAAAACAAAUUGUAAAACAUACAUCGGGUCCCAAGACAUUACCAUUGGUGGGCAAUGCCCAUCAAACAGGGAAAACGCCAAGUGAAAUUUUAGAUAAUUUCUUUACAUGGUUUUAUAAAUACAAACAAGAUAAUUAUACGGUAUGGAUUGGGCCAUAUCUGAAUAUAGUGGUGUCCAAUGUUAAGGAUGUGGAGUUUAUUUUAUCCAGUAAUAGCUUAAUACAAAAAUCCGAUAUCUAUGAUAUGUUGCAUCCCUGGUUGGGUGAAGGACUAUUGACCAGCACUGGGGCGAAAUGGCAUAAACAUCGCAAAAUGAUAACACCCUCAUUUCAUUUUAAGAUUUUGCAAGAUUUCCAUGCAGUCAUGAAUGAAAAUUGCAAUAAAUUUGUGGAGAAAUUGAAAAAUGUGGCGAAGGGAGAUACCAUUAUAGAUUUUCAGGAUCAGGCUCAUUAUUUGACUUUGGAUGUUAUAUGUGAUACCGCCAUGGGUGUUCAUAUUAAUGCCAUGGAUAAUCAUGAUGCCGAAAUUGUUAAUGCUUUUAAGGAUAUGUGCUACAAUAUCAACAUGCGUGCAUUUCAUCCUUUGAAACGUAAUGAUUCUAUAUACAGAUUUUUCCCCGAUUACAAAGAUUUCUGCAAGACCCUGAAAACUUUACAAGAUUUUACAUAUGAGGUCAUUGAAAAACGCAUUGAAAGACGCAAACAAGAGGAGGUCCACAAAACCGAAACUGUUGAAGAUGAAUUUAGCAAACGUAAAAUGGCCUUUUUGGAUACGCUGCUAUCAUCCACCAUAGAUGGUCGUCCCUUAAAUACCCAAGAAAUCUAUGAAGAAGUUUCAACAUUUAUAUUUGAGGGUCAUGAUACCACCACCUCGGGAGUAACAUUUGCCAUAUACUUGCUAUCGCGUCAUCUGGGCGUUCAACAACAAGUCUACGAAGAACAGCAAAGAGUAAUGGGUGGUAAUAUGAAAAGAGAUGCCAGCUUUCAGGAAUUGUCGGAAAUGAAAUAUUUAGAUUUGGUUUUGAAAGAGGCUCAACGUCUGUAUCCCAGUGUACCCAUGAUCGGCAGAUUUACCGAAAAGGAUUAUAACAUAAAUGGCAAACCGAUACCCAAAAACACUUCCUUAAACAUAUUCAUCAUGGCUUUGGGUUACAAUGACAAAUCUUUUCCCGAUCCUUAUCGUUUCAAACCGGAACGUUUUGAUUUAACACAGAGAACAGAAAAACAAAACCCCUUCGAAUAUGUACCGUUUAGUGCAGGUCCACGCAAUUGUAUAGGACAAAAAUUUGCUCAAUUGGAAAUUAAAACUGUGGUCUCAAAAAUUGUGCGUAAUUUUGAAAUAUUACCCGCUCUCGAUGAAUUGGCCUCUAAGGAUGGUUAUGUCAGUACAUUUCUGGGACCACAAAAACAUAAUAAACCACAACAACAUAAAUAUGAACCGAUAUUGUCAGCAGUAUUGACAUUAAAAUCAGAAAAUGGUGUACAUUUAAGAUUAAAGGAAAGAAAUUAAUUAUAGAUUUUUAUUUAUAAUAAAAAUUGUUAAGAAAACUGUU